AUGUUUCCUUUGACUUAUGCCUUCGUAGCCGUAUUUUUUCAUGCAGUACGCGUAGAGACGGCUGCACUAAAGCCGCGUUACAACGUCGAACAGGCGUCGAGCUUGUUUGAAGAAUUUGCGCGCGACCACAGCAAACGGUACAAAGAUAAUGCUGACAAACUGAGGCACUACGAAGCCUUUGUCCAGACUCUACUGUGGAUUAACUAUCUGAACGCGAUCCAGGAUUCAGCCGUGUUCGAUAUUAACGAUUUCUCCGAUAAAACGGUGGACGAAGCGAUGGGGAUGUUCGAAAAGGGUUUCUCGUCG